GCCCAGGCGAAGAAGGGCUUGAGCGCGCUGCCUUGGCGUCGUCUUCGGGGAAGAAGGAGAGCUUGCCUGGCCUGGCAUGGCCUGGCUGCCUUGAGGGGUCCGGAUGCCGCCCUCCGCCGGCUAUCCCCGCGGGAGGCUGCAGGAGUAGAGGAAGAGCGGCAGAAAGGGGCAAGGAAGGAAGGAAGGAGAGAGGGAUGCUCCGGAGCGGGGCCCCGCUGGAGAUGCUCCUGCUCCUCGCCUUUGGCUUGAUGACGUCCAGGACCCAAGCAGCCCCCGCCACCGAGGACGCCUCCCCAGGAGCCGAUUGGCUGACAAGAUUUGGCUAUUUGCCACCUCCAGAUCCAAUCACGGGUCAACUGCAGACGCAAGAAGAACUCGCAAAAGCCAUUAUGACCAUGCAACAGUUUGGAGGUCUGGAAGUCACGGGAAUUCUAGAUGAAGCCACAUUGAAAUUGAUGAAGACCCCCAGAUGCUCUCUUCCUGAUCUUUUGCAAUCCGAGCCAAGGACAAUGCGACACACACCGGCUGUGACCAAGUGGAACAAAAGGAACUUAUCUUGGAGAGUGCGAACUUUCCCCAAGGAGUCUCAUCUAGGCCAUGAUACAGUUCGGGCUCUUAUGUACUACGCAUUGAAGGUAUGGAGCGAUAUUACACCUCUGAAUUUCCAUGAAGUAGCAGGCAACAAUGCCGACAUCCAGAUUGACUUUUCCAAAACUGAUCACAAUGAUGGAUACCCCUUUGAUGGCCCCGGGGGCAUGGUGGCACACGCCUUUUCCCCAGGGGAACACCAUACGGCUGGAGACACACAUUUUGACGAUGACGAAUCGUGGACUUUCCGAUCAUCAGAUGCCCAUGGGAUGGACCUGUUUGCUGUGGCAGUCCAUGAGUUUGGCCAUGCCAUUGGCUUAACCCACAUCUCUGCUGCUGAGUCGAUCAUGAGGCCCUAUUACCAAGGCCCUGUUGGGGAUCCCCUGAAAUACGACCUGCCUUAUGAAGACAAAGUUCGGAUCUGGCAGCUAUAUGGAGUUCGGGAGUCUGUGUCCUUAACAGCCAAACCUGAGAUAUCGAAAACAAAUGACCAGCCCGUCUUGCUGGACUUGCCAGAGAAUCGUUCCACUAUCCCGCUCAGACGAGAUGCGGCAAACAGAUGUAACACUCACUUUGAUGCAGUGGCUCAGAUUCGAGGGGAGGCUUUCUUCUUCAAAGGGAAAUACUUCUGGAGACUGACUCGCAAUAAGCACCUGGUCUCCCUCCAGCCAGCUCAGAUCCAUCGUUUCUGGCGGGGAUUGCCUCUAAAUUUAGACAGUGUGGAUGCCGUGUAUGAAAGGAUCCAUGAUCAUAAGAUUGUAUUCUUCAAAGGAGACAAAUACUGGUUGUUCAAAGACAACAAUGUGGAAGAGGGUUAUCCUCGACUCAUCUCAGAUUUUGGCUUGCCGCUGGGAGGAAUUGAUGCUGCCUUCUCCUGGGCACUGAAUGACAAGACAUACUUCUUUAAAGACAAUCUCUACUGGUGCUACAAUGAGUACGAGCAAAGGAUGGAGCCUGGCUAUCCACUAGAGACCACUUUGUGGCAGGGGAUCCCCAACAGGUUGGAUGACGCCACUCGAUGGUCUGAUGGGGCAACCUACUUCUUCAAGGGGAAGGAAUACUGGAAAGUCAUGGACAGCAACUUGGAGGCUGAGCCAGGUUACCCGCAGUCGAUUGCCAGAGACUGGUUGGUGUGUGGUGACAUGCAGGCUGAUGCCCCUGCACCAGCCGAAAGCACGAGAACCAGGCAACACGCCAAGCAUGAUGAAAGCCAGUCGAAGAUUGAGGUCUGUUCCUGCACCUCUUCCUCUCCCAACCCCUUCUGGUCUCAUUCAUUGCAAAGACUCAUCAUAAACCUCCUGUUGGCCAGCUUCUGGACAGUCGUUUUGGCUCAUAAACCAUUAUGACAAAUAGCAUCGUAUGGACCAGAGGACUCUGAAGUGAUUCAGGGAUGCAAGAAGAGAAGUGGACACAAACACGUGAAAAUAAAUAAAAAAAUCCGGACUACAACAUUGUUAAACAGAUGACACAAAGGAACAUAAGAUUCUCCAUGAGAAAUUAAUUGUGGCUUUGUUUUAUUUUUUUAUCUUGUUUUAUCUUUUUUCCCUAUUUGGUUUCUCUUAGCUUUCUUUAACGUUGAUGGACUUCAGCAGUAGAAUCUGUGGGUGUCUUGCUGUUUCUCUCUCUUCUCACUCGGCUGCCGAGAUAUUUCAAGGGGUUACUCGUUUCACUUUGGGCACAGAGCUGGAGCAAAAUAUAGACCUGUUACUGUCUCUGCUCUUAUGACUCCUGGGCAAAGGCAAAGGCUUUCCCUUGACAUUAAGUCUAGUUGAGUCCAACUCUGCUGGGUGGUCCUCAUCUAUAUUUCUAAGCCGGCAUUGUCCAUAGACACCUCCUAGGUCAUGUGGCUGGCAUGACUACAUGGAGCUCCUGGGAGACAGUGAUAAUUCCCUAACCCAGGGGAAGGAGGAAUAUGACAAACAGAAGCAUCAGAAAUAUCAAAAUCCAUGUUUCAAGCUUAUAUUUACACAAGCAAUUCUGGGUUUUCCCUCUAGUGAGCUAUGAUGAAGAACAGGGGCAAGAACAAUGUUCCACAUGGCUGGGCAGUCAGGACCUUAUAAAACUACAACUCCCAUAAUUUCAUAGCAUUGUGCCAUGGCAGUUAAAGUGGUCUCAAACUGCAUUAAUUCUAUAGUGCACAUGCACCAUAAGUCUUAGGUUCAUUUAAGUGGGAUUUACACCCAGGCAGGUAGGAUAGGAUUGCUCCAUCCACCGUAAAUAAGCCGAUUUUCCCCAGAUGAGCCAACAGAUGAAUUCUUAAGUACCCAAGGUAUGUUCCUUUCUUUGCACACUUCAGGUAGUCCAGGUUUUGAUGCCUGGAUUCAUUCACUCAAAAAGACUGAGUGCUGGUAUCAUUUAGGGCACUUCGAGACAGCACUAAAUCGUGGGUUUUAAACAGGGGCAAAAAUCCAGAGCCUUCAGAAGAGGUCCCAGGAUUUCUGCCUCCAUUGUCCAGACUUGAUGCUUUGUUGCGAGACUUAGAGGCUACCAAGAUGGCUGCC